UUUAGUUUCAUGCUAUCGCUUUGGGAACUAAAGUAUUUUUAUCAAAAUGUUGAACCGAGAUGGAGACUCGUUUUGUAAAAAAAUGCGAAAUGCCACAAAAGAAAUUCAUACAGUCAGUGAUACUUUAGUGAAUACAAAAUUAGCAUUUGGAUUUCUCAAUGAUUCCGUAUGGGCAGAUGGUCUUCUGGUAUUUUACGAAGUCUUCCGAUACUUAGAAGGUGCUAUGAUCAGAUUGAAAAAUACUAAGAUAGGGUUAUUUCCACUUGAUAAACUUUAUCGUACAAACGCUUUUGAACUUGACCUAGAUUUUUAUUUAGGAGAUGAAUGGAUGAAAAACUACAGUCCUAGGGACAGUGUCGUCAAAUAUUUGAUUCAUUUACGGGAAGUAGAAGAUACUAAUCCUAUAUUACUGAUAGCAUAUAUUUACCAUCUGUACAUGGGUCUUCUUAGCGGCGGAAUCAUUUUACGAAAAAAAAGACAGCUUAUGCAAAAAGUUGUACCAUUUAGGAAAAUUCAGACACGUGGUAACAGUAUUACAGAUUUUCCGUGUAAUAUCUAUGAAUUGAAAAGAAAUAUACGUGAUACAACAAACAAGAUUGCAGAAAUAUUGGACGAAGACACUCGAAAUAAACUUAUUGAAGAGAGUAAAGUAGUUUUUGCAUUAAAUAACGAGAUUAUUAAAAGUGUGCGAGGUGCAGGCACUGUUAUCUUAAAAAAAAUAUUGUACUUUAUUGCUGUUUUUACGUUAAUUGUUUUGGUCUUUGUUUUCUACAAAUAACAAAAGUGUGUAGUUGUCUAUUUUUUAAAACAAUGUGGCUGAUCAAAUCAUUUUCUAGUUUGUCGUCUCAUCACUGUACAGUAAUUUGUUGGUUAGAAUACAGUAUACAUACGAUCUUCACCGUACAUAAAGCUAAGUACAUGCGAACUGAAAAAUUUCUGUAAACAAAUUAUCUUGCCAAACAGGUGUUAUCUCCGCUGUAGUUAUCAUAAAGUUUGCUUUACAACAAUAUUGGCGAACAAUUUCGUAAUCGUAAUUUAGUUACCGUGUAUACAUCAUUAAAAUAUAAAGCCGUCGAAUACUUAAUAUGCAUUACGGAUUAAUUACGUAAUAUUCAUCUUACAAGUUUCUCAUUGUACAUGGGAAAAUCAUUCGAGAACCAAGUACAAUCUAACUAGACACUGUUGUGAGAUCAUAGGAGUUUACAAUUCUAAAUUCUUGGACGUGAUUAUUCGCAAAUUUAUAUAAAUAUCAUAAAAAUGUCAUAUAACUAUAAAC